AUGCGACGAGUUGGCGGCCAGAGCACCAGCGCACGAAAUAACAUCUUCAUAUCGUCGUCGACGUCGCCGUCGUCGUCUGAGGAAUUUAAGACCCCGCCAACAUCUGCGGGGGAUGAGACACCCGUGCGGACGACUCAUCGGGGUGUCACCACACGACGACGGCAACACCAACAACAACAGCAACAACACCAGCAGGACGUCGACGAGAUACCACUACCGGAGAGCUUGGAUCAAGAGGGGCUGCGGGCUCCUCGACUAUCGGAUCAGGUGCGAGCAAUCCAGCGACGUCAUCUGCUAGAUGAAGCUCACCUUGAACGACUGCGCUCUACUUCAGUACAAAUCGAUACCAUCCGUAGCUUACCUCAGCAAACAUUGCAAACCAACAUCCCAGAGGUGCUGCAGGAUGGUAUCGAUAUGCAAUUUAAUUUAGCAUGUCACGAAUGGAAACGAACUUUAGUUGGCACCGUUCACAACUUGGGAGUUUUGAUAUCCAUGCCGUUAAUGGGCUAUGUUUCAGACAGGUGGGGUCGUCGUAAAGCCAUAAUAUUAAGUGGACUGUGCCUCGCAACCGGAGCGUUGAAGACGUUAGCAGGCUCCGGUCACGAUGCCUACUUGACUUAUAUCAUCAUUGAGUUCUUCGAAGCGGUGUUGGUGACUGGCACUUACACUACAUGCUUCGUAUUGAUUGUCGAGCUUAUCGGGAGUGACAAAAGAACAUUAGGAUCUGCUGCGGUAGGCAUCUCCGUAGCUGUCGGUGAACUUAUCCUGAACUUGAUCGUGUGGAACGUUCCUUACUGGCGUCAUUUCCUGCUCAUCGUAUCUCUUCCCGCACCGCUGUUCCUCGCGUACACUUACCUUCUAGAGGAAAGCAUGCGAUGGUUGCUCACUAACGGAAAUAAUGAAGAAGCAGUUGUUCUACUCCACAAAAUUGCGAGCUGGAAUAAAUUUGCUGUCUCAGAUAAAGUGAUCGAUGAAAUUACGAAAGAAUCAAAAGAUUUGCAAAAUAUUGUGACAGAAAAAUUUAAUAUAAAACUUCUUUUUUCUUCAAGUGCGUUGCUUAAAAGGGUACUCGUCUGCUCGUGGUGGUGGUUCACAGCAGCCUUCGUCUACUACGGGCUGAUGAUCAACUCCAUCAACCUCCCGGGGAACAAGUACACCAACUUCGCCCUCUCGUCGCUGGCCACCAUCCCCGGGGACGUCAUAGCGGUGAUCACGCUUGACAGGCUCGGGAGGAAGAAGACGCUGCUGGGCGGGUUCGUGUUCUGUGGCAUCUGUUGUGUCUCCAGCGGAUUUAUACCGCCAGGUUAUAAUUCAGCCUCGAUCGCAGUGUUCCUGAUCGGGAAAACGUCUAUCUCGGCGUGUUUCAACGCGGUGUACGUAUACACGUCGGAGUUAGUGCCCACGUCCGCGCGCGGCUCGCUCGUGGGCACGUGCUCCAUGCUUGCGCGGGUGGGCACGGUGCUGGCACCGCUCACUCCUCUCUUGAGCGAGUUGUGGCAUUCGUUGCCGACGGCUGUGUUCGGCCUCGCCUCGCUGUCGGCGGCGGCGCUGACACUAGCCACUCCGGAAACGCUCAACAGGCGGCUGCCGGACUCGGUGGCCGAAGCCACGGCGAUAUCUUGACAGCAAACAC